CUACCUCCAACCGGAUGUAAACACUGAUAGGCGGAGUCUGAGGCGGUGCCACCUCCCUCUCGCUUUACACCUGCCCACUCGCAAUGCCGGCCUACCAUUGCAAUAUGCCCCACCCAGGGGUAAUUGUGGGUAACAUGGCAAUGCUGCCAAUAAGAACCAAGUACAGAGGACCUGCUCCCCUCAUGACCAGUGAAGGAAUUGAUGUCAUUGAUGAAGCCUUGCAAUAUUUCAAGGCCAAUGUCUUCUUCCGUACAUAUGAAGUCAAGGGUGAGUGUGACCGGACCUUAAUCUAUGUGACACUCUACAUCACUGAGUGCCUCAAGAAACUGGCAAAGUGCAAGGACAAGAACAUGGGUUUGAAUGAAAUGUAUUCCCUGGCUCUCUCCAAGUUCCCCAUUCCUGGGGAACCAUCUUUCCCCCUCAAUGCAGUCUACGCUAAGCCCAAGAAUGACCAGGAUUUAGAAAUGAUGCAGCAAUACCUCCAGCAGGUGCGGCAAGAGACUGGCUUGCGAGUGUGUGAGCGUGUGUUCAACACUCCUGACGGCAAGCCCUCCAAGUGGUGGCUGUGCUUUACCAAGAAGAAGUUUAUGGAUAAAUCCCUCUUAGCCCCAAGUGCUUAGGUUUAAGGUCAUUAAGGGCUUUAGCUGGAGAAAAUGGAGUGUUCUGGGUACAAGGACUCUAUUUAAGGUAUUUGGAUGCAGAAAGAAAGAUAAUCAGUGCCAAUAGAGUUGUCUCUGACACAACUGUGUCUGUUUGUGUGUAAUUUAACUGGACAGGGAACAUACUUCAUUAGAAAAAUCACAUUUCCAUCUUUGUAUCUGCAUCUAAAAUAGUUGGGGAUUUUCCCUGCCAAGUUGGGCAAGCUGGUUAUUGAAAUGACUUUUUUAUCUGUAAGACUUCCCUCUUUAUCCAUUUUCUAGUAUAAUAGAUGCAAUAUUGAAACUUCAUAUUUAUUGAUUGUUCAUUUUGUCUAAUCACAUCAUAUGUCUGAAAAGUGAUUUUGGUAGUUUUUAUUUAUUACUAUUAGAUAAAAGAAUCUUGAUUUCAGAUAUCUGUAAAGGUAAUUUUUAAAAAUAAGUAUUAUUGUUGAUUGUUUGAUUAUUGAUCUACUUAGAAUUGAAUAAUUAUUAUGCAUUAUUUUGAUUAUUAAGCCCAAAUAUGCACAAAUAGUUAUUAUUUUGCAGUGAUGUCAGUAAAAGGAAAUUGGUAAGAAAAUGCACAUACAAAAAAUAUGUUUGUUCAAAAAUCCCAAUAUUUUGAGUUUAUACAAUAUACAAACCAAAGUGUUACUGUAAGGGUUACUGUGUUGAAUUCAUAAAGAAAAACAAAAUAAAAUUUUGUUUAUUUUACCUUACCAAGAAUAUGAACACUAAGAGUGGAUAUCUGUAUGUAUAUUAUGCUACAAGUAACCACAUUUGCAAAAAAAAAAAAAAAAAAAAAAAAAAUCAAGAUGUUCUUCUUGUGUUUAUGUGAGAAGUACAAGUGUAUGUUUAUCAUAUUAUUACUUCCAACACACAUGAUAGACAGUGGUUACAAAGCAAUGAACCUGUUAGAUCCAGGUGCUUCAUGGCCCACACCUGAACUAAAAUCGGGUCUUUAGGCUUUCUUGAGUGGUGACUCUUCUGGACGCGUGGCUUGCAGGCCAGCCCACACACACAUUCAUUUGCAAUAUCAAGACUCCUUGCCUCCCCAGUGUAACGUGAAUAUUAUUUGUUUUUUGCAGUUUUCUAAAGUCUACAUUUGUGACUGACCAUAUGACUUGUGUCAUUUUUAUAUUUUCAUAUUAUUCAGUAUUCUGUAGUACACCCUGCACCGCCUGUCAUGGCAGACAGGAAUAGGAUCCUAAGCAUGGAAGAAGUGCUGUUUUCGCUACAAUACUCUCUCAUAAUGCUCCUUACUCUCUUAUCUCCUUCCCAUUCUAACAAACUUUACCUUAUACUCUAUUCCAUCAGCUCCCCUCUCAGUCCUCUUCACUUCUAUACUAUGCUCUAAUACUGUUCAACCUGUAACGCUUAUCAUUAACUCAUUCCUAACCCUUUUCACUUCUCUACUUUACCACUGCCAUGUGACAUUUGUUGUCAUAUUGCAUUUCCUUACCUGGGGGCUUUGCCCUCAAGCCUCACACUAUCACUAUGGCCAUAGAUGUUGAUGCAGCAGAAAAUUUUCACUAAAUAAAUCAUCCUCCCUUGAGAUGACUGACAGAUGGUAUAUUUUACCUCCACUUACUAGUGGAAACAAUACAAGAGUCCCUGACUAAAUGUCCACUGAGUCUAAUCUUCCUCCAAGAACUUUGGUCAAUCACGACAAGCCAUUCCUAUCACCUGAUAGGAAAUGUUUCAUUACCGCAUUUCAUUCAUCACCAUAGCCAAUAAUAAAGAUUGUUUACCCUUAUUAGGGGCAUUAAGGCUCGGUCCUUUGUCGAGUAGCCUAUCCAAAUUUGAUUUCUCUGGUUUCCCAACCCCUGCCUCUCCUUUGACCACAGCUCCGACCACUGAUACAAAUACUCCUCCUCGAUGGUUGCUGUCAGCUCUGUCCAUUUUGAAUCGUCCAAUCGUUUCAAUACUCAACCUUCUGAAUACACCCCUUCCUUGCUCCCAACAACCUCCACUCCAUCUGCACAGUCAUUGUCACUGUCUACCCCCUCCCCCCUUAUUACUUGUCUUCAUCCAUAUUGUCGUCGUCCUCACAGUGCUACCUCAAUCCACACCACCCGAUCUUCCUCCCACCCUCACCUUUCUACUGCUUCCACCUCUGCAAACCUUUGAGUACUCUCUUUCAUCCAGCCAAAUGGGAUUGAUUCAUUGUGGUUCCCCCUACAAACCCUUACUCUGACAAUACCCUCUUCCAACAAUGUCUCCAAAAACAAGUUGGCAACGUUUCUUUUCGCAGUCAUUCUGAUUGUUCACACCUUGUCACAGUUACAUCUAAAUCCCAAGUUUGUGCACUCCCUACCCCGAUUGACCUCACUGGCAAACCUAUUCCAGCCCAACCUCACUCGUUUAAUACUUGGACCGGAACUGUUUCCAUCUCCCCAAUUAAUUGUCUUGUCUACAUCAAGGACUGGUCAGACUGUGAAAACGACCUUCUUGCCUAUCUCCUUGACUAUGAUGCAAGUGCAGAGGUAGUGUUCUCAUCCAGCAAUCUUCCUGUUCAAAGCCCACACUGCCAGUGGAUGGUAAAUCUGGCCAUUUCUCGCACACAGGGUAAUUUAGAUACAGCCUGUCACACCAAGAAUAACCAUUGUAAUAUAUAGAAUAAAACUAAAUUAUUAUCA